GGUUCCCCCACCUCGCAAAGCAAUUCCAUCUCCGAAUCUUUGUCCAUAAGCAUCCGUAUUUGUUCUUUGGCCAUAUACGGGGAUUCCUCCAUCUGGGUCAUUGAGUACAUCUGGUGAAAAACUCAUAUGCACAACCAUAUAUAUACAUAUAUUUACACAAAAACACAUCUUUUGUAUAACAUCCUAUCGGGAGAGAAGAAAGACGAUGCCUUUCGCUUCGUUCCUUGAACCCAACGGCUCCUCAGAUGGGUUGCUAGAGCAUUUGGUGGUGGUGGAUGCUGAGGAGAGGCAAGAAUCGAGUCGGGAGCCGAAGAUCUGGGUAAGAGAUCUGACCCGGGUUUCUGAAAUCGGAUCUCCGGUUCUGAGAGGAGUUACAGUGGCUAUACCGAGAGGUAUGAUUGUUGGGAUUAUAGGGCCAAGUGGAAGCGGAAAGUCAACGUUUUUGAGGUGUUUGAACCGUCUUUGGGAGCCGCCGCCGGCGACGGUGUUCUUGGACGGCGAUGAUAUAACGGAGAUAGAUGUCAUCAUGCUCCGUCGUAGAGUGGGAAUGCUCUUCCAGCUUCCUGUUCUGUUUGAUGGGACAGUGGCGGAUAAUGUAAGAUACGGGCCACAGCUGCGAGGUCAGAAACUGAGUGACAAAGAGGUGUGUGAACUGCUAAAGCUUGCAGAUCUUGAUGCUUCCUUCUGCGAGAAGAUUGGUGCGGAGUUAUCCGUGGGUCAAGCACAACGUGUUGCCCUUGCCCGGACUCUAGCCAACGAGCCCGAGGUGUUGCUUUUGGAUGAACCCACGAGCGCUCUGGAUCCGAUUUCAACGCAGAACAUAGAGGAUGUUAUAGUGAAGUUGAAGAAGCAGAGGGAGAUGACCAUAGUGAUGGUGUCUCACAGUAUAAAGCAAAUCCAAAGGAUUGCUGAUAUAGUUUGCCUUCUCGUUAAUGGUGAGAUCGUUGAAGUCCUCAAGCCCCAAGAUCUUUCUCAAGCCAAGCAUCCAAUGGCUCAGAGGUUUCUUCAACUCAGUUCCUAAGUUGGGUCAUUUACCAUUGUGGAAGAAAGCUUAAAAAAUUAUAUCUUUGAGACUGGUGGUUGUAUUAUUACAGAAACAAAUGGUUUUGUAUGUUACAUUGGUGUGCUGAAAUGAGAAUGUUCAUUGUUGGAAACAA